AUGAAGCACCCUCCUGGAAAAGUGUAUGAUCCACCGUUACGAAAACCACCCCCGGAAUUAGUGGAGGCAUUCACACAGAAUGGAGAACUCGAUCUAGAAUUCUGGUACUGGAACUUUAAGAAUUAUCAUCAUGUUACAUUGUUCAAUAAAACCUUUAUUGACACAUUAAUCAAAAACGAUAAAAACAAGAAAAUGAUUGGCGCAUAUGGACAUGAAAGUGCAGGUUUAAAGGAAUUACUACAAAAAUAUGCUGCAGAAUUGAACGGUAAAUCAGGAAUCGUAAUUGGUACACAACACCCCUGGGUGGAAGUGAUGUUGCUGAACGUCGGAGUAAAUCAUGUGACAACGGUGGAUUACAAUACAAUUACCAUAGAGCAUCCAAAUAUCUCUGUAAUAUCAGUGACUAACUUGGCAGAGAAAAAUCUGGAUGGGAGAUUCCAACCAGCAGACUUCGCUGUUUCUUUUUCCUCCAUUGAACACGCGGGCCUGGGACGAUAUGGCGACCCUCUCAAUCCUUACGGGGACCUCGAAUCUGCAGCACAAACAUGGUGCAUGCUUAAACCUGGGGGUCUUUUCUUCCUGGGUGUUCCUGCCAACUUUGGGAAACGCAAGGGCAAAAUACGGUUUAAUGGAGAUCGCAUUUAUGGCGAGGCGAGACUGGAGCACCUUACGGCAAAUUUUCUGGAACUUGAACGUCGACCUUUUGAGUAUGAUAGUAUAAUUACUCUGAGGAAACCUUUAUCAGAUUGA